CUCCUGGAUCCCCUCGCAGCGCGCCUGCGCGAAAGAUUUGAAGAGACUCCGCCAUAUUGAAUCCUGGUAGAAAUCGGCGAGUGUUUUCUCUCAUGUAUAGCGGCGUCCAGAGGGCCACUUAGUCCAUGGUCCCGACUCCUUUCAACGCUUCAAUCAUCGCCCAUUCGUGGUUCCGUGCGUGUCUCUGGUGUCGGGGGAUCGGCGGGGGUCCGCUGGCUAGCUAGUAGCGGGGACAGAAGUUGAAUGGAUCCGAGGGUCGCUUGGAUUCAGCCCGAGCAGAAAGGACCUGCUAACGCCUUAUGGAUGCAGGUCUGGGAGACCUCUCAGGGACUCCGGACUCUCUCCGCCCAGCACAACCACAACCAGUGCGUCAGUUACGUUCUGAAAAAUGCGAGCCUGACGGGCAGCCAUCACGGCGGCAUCAUGAACGUCGCCGUGUCCGCCGCCUCCUCCUCCUCCUCCUCGCCGGGGAUGACGCUGUCCAACGGGAGCGCGCACACCUGCGACACAGGUGAGGCCAAGGGAGUACCUCCUCCCAAAUGUGCUUCCCAGGACACCGGGGCGGACAAUAGCCGCUCACUGGGAUAUGCACCCGGCAAUAAGAACGGCGGCGGCGGCAGCUUGCUGUUCGGCUUGGGGGAGAAGGUGGACAACACCCGCUAUCAGCACCUCCAUCACAACCUGCAGGACAUGCAGCGCAUUUUCACUUUGCAGCAGUUGUGCGCCAAACGUCAGCAGGGUCCCCCUUCUGUGGCGUCUGGCAACCACGCUCACCUCCACCACCACCACCACCAUCACCACCACCACCACCCUGGCCGGAGGAAAAGUGACAACAAGGCCAGCACUUACGGAACCAAUUACUCCUUUUCCAACUGCACUAAUGGCAACUAUGCGAGCACUUGGACGCCCUGGAAGACGAGGAAUUACAGCCCCGGCGUCCUGGGACUCCACGAGGAGGUGAUGGACUUCUACAACUUCAUGUCUCCGCGGCCAGAGGAGGCCGCCAUGAGGAAGGAGGUGGUCAAGCGAAUAGAGAGGAUCAUCAAGGAGCUGUGGCCCACUGCAGAUGUGCAAAUAUUUGGCAGCUUCAGCACAGGACUGUACCUUCCAACAAGUGACAUUGACCUGGUGGUGUUUGGGAAGUGGGAGCGCCCCCCCCUGCAAGAGUUGGAACAGGCUCUUCGCAAGCACAACGUUGCGGAGCCGUUUUCCAUCAAAGUGCUGGACAAAGCUACUGUGCCAAUCAUCAAGCUCACAGACCAGGAGACUCAGGUGAAAGUGGACAUCAGCUUCAACGUGGAGACGGGCGUCAAGGCGGCAAGCUUCAUUAAAGAUUAUGUCCAGGUGAGACACACGUCAGAGCCACACCAAAUGGAGGAGAGUGGCCGAGAGACUGACCGAUAUGUUUUUCCCUGGGCCGAUACCGAUUGUUAGUAGUCACGGAGGGUGAUAACCUAUAUUUGUAGCCAAAAUUCAUUGACAGUAAUAGUUAUAUAAACAUGAAUAGUCAGUAAACCGCUGGACAAGUCUUGUGGUUUUAACAUUAUUAAUUAGGAAACGUCGGACCAGUAGUGACAUGUUUUAUGCGGCGCUAAUCUUGUGUUUAACUUAGCAGCAAAAAACAUUUGGGGAUUUUACAAACACUUUUAUUAUGUUUGUCUAAGAGGAGCUAAGGAGAAAAAUGUCUUAUAGUUAAGACGUUUUUCAAGCUGGCUGACAUCAUUUCUGUGACAUCCAGGAAGAAAGUACGAGAAUGUGUGAGUUGCUGCCUGCUCCUCUUUACUCAUCU